GAUAGAAAGGCGUUUAAUAGGAGUUCCACUUUGAACACACACAUCCGUAUCCACGCGGGGUAUAAGCCGUAUAAAUGCGAGUUUUGCGGUAAGGGUUUCCACCAAAAGGGCAAUUAUAAGAACCAUAAGCUGACCCAUUCCGGCGAAAAGGCCUAUAAGUGCCAGAUAUGCGGGAAGGCCUUCCAUCAGGUCUAUAAUCUCACCUUUCAUUUGCGCACCGGUAGCUCAAGACACGACGCCGACACUCAAAAGCAACCAUUUAGUUAUGACACGCUAUUCCCCGACAAACGUGCCUAUGGUAUCGACGCCUUCAUCAUAUCAUUCAAUCGGACAACUCUUAUAGGGAUUUGA